AUGGCUUUUCAGAUGCUACUCCUUACAGUAAUGUCCAUGUGGGUUCUGGCUUGGAACUUCCAAGCGGAGGCAACCUACUAUCACCGCCAGACAGUCCACCACGAACACUCUGCUAACAUGGAAAACCUCCUGCCCGAAAACCUCCUGCCCGAAAACCUCCUGCCCGAAAACCUCCUGCCCGAAGUUGUGCCUGAAGUCUUGCCUGAGGUCUCCCAACCUGUCAACAGCCGCACUUUCUAUGGGAUCAUGUUUGAUGCCGGGAGCACAGGCACCCGGAUCCACAUCUACAAGUUUAUUCAGAAAGACCCUGGUGAGUGCUUUCUCUCUCUCUUUCUGUGUAUCUCAUUCACUCUCUCAGUCUCAGGAGCCAAUAGGGCUUUACACUCAGCUGUCUCCCAGAGAGUCUAUGUUUGCUGUUGGGUCAUUCGCUCAGUGGUGUAAAGACAAGCAUGUCCCGUCAGCGUGGGGAGAGAGCAAGCAUGGGCAAAACGGAACCCAGAGGCAGCUGAGUUGUAGUUUUAAUCAUCUGUUAGUGUGACUGAAAUCCCUAAAAACAGACCUCCAAUGGACUCUAGAGGUUAAUUUGUUGUUUAUGUAUGUACUCUGUCUAAACAUCCGUGAUUGUAAAGUAAUGGAGUGAUUGAGGCAACACAGCUAAUUUAAAAGCAGACAUAAAUGCAACAGAGUUCUAUUAUUUCACAUAUUCAUAUAUUGUUUGACAAUUGAAUGCAUCCACUGUUUCUGUUUUUAGUUGAGCUGCCAGUUCUGGACAAUGAGAUGUAUCAUGCAGUGAAGCCUGGUCUGUCUGCCUAUAAAGAUAAGCCUGAAGAGGUAUGUAUCAUGUCUAUCAUUUUCUCAUUUAGGGAUUGUGGGAAUUAGGAGGUUUGUCCACAGUCCACAAAUCAUUCAUUACAGUCUGCAAUGUGAUGUAGACCGUAUAAUUACAUGAUGUGAUUCUGCUGAUGCUAUCACUACGUCUGAUCUUUACGUUCUUGGGAUCUAAAUUUUACAAACCAGAUGAUGUGAAGAGCAUAUGUGGACAAACAUAUCAACCCCUUAAUCAACUGAAUAUGUUAAUGCCGUUAUAUACUUAAUUUACUGUUAAAAUAUCCAUAUCAGCCUAGUUUGGUCACGGAUAUGCUUUGAGAGUGUUCCAGUGGAGACCAUGCUCAUCUCUUAAUGCCUGUUAUCCCAUUCAGGGUGGGAACACGAUCAGAGCGCUGCUGAAGGUGGCCAAGAAGACGGUUCCAGAGCACGAGUGGAAGCAGACCCCGGUGGUCCUGAAAGCCACAGCCGGGCUCCGACUCCUACCUGAGGAGAAGGCUAACGCUCUGCUGAAUGAGGUGAGGCACGUUUUCUCUCCCCUCAGACAAUUUGGCACAGGGACGACCCGUCCCACCAAGGAUAGGGACGAGAAACCGCUAAGUGCUUACAAGUGUCCUUGAAAGAACGGGGAAAAGUCUUCCCACUUUUUGGUGGCUAUCACUGUGCAAAAAACAGCUGUUCUGGGGUUGUCUGGAGUAGUGGAAUAUGUCAUUUGAAUUAUUAAAUUCAUGUGGCUACUCAAGCUAUGCUUGUGGUUUUGAAUUCAGUCAUUCUCAGACAAAUGUGCCUCAGAAGGAUUCCUGAGUCUAGUAUUUUAGGUUUAUGUUUUGUUCUUAUUGUCUUUAUUCAGGAUGUUCUUUGUUAAUAUGCACUGCAUUUAUACAUUUUCUAUGUAGGUUCGGGAAGUCUUCGACGAGUCCCCCUUCUUUGUACCAAACAACAGUGUCUCCAUAAUGAAUGGAACAAAUGAAGGUAUGCCACUUUGUUGGUAUGUCACCAACAUCUGUCUCUCAUUUUCUUUUACGCUACUGUGGUAUUUUGGGUAUGUUGGUAAAGAGUGAAACUCAUUCAAUCAUUUAACUGCAGACAUUGGUUAGAUUAGCUAAACACUGCAGUAUUGUCAACCCAGGUGGUUAGUAUCUACCAACACUGUCCUCAUAACAUGUUUUUAUAAGAGCUCUAUUGCUACCUCAUAGAGCAACUAAAUAACCUUGCCUGAGUUCCCUUCCCACGCCCAAUAUUAAGUGAUCCUCCACAUCACUCAUUAAGACACCCGCACUAACUCCUGUUUCAUCAAAUGUGCAAUUCAUUAGCCUCACUUUAUGAGAGCCAUAACAUGAGAUCUGAGACAGUAGUAAUUACCUGGGUUGGUCUAUCCAUGUCAGAUAAAUAUUACUAAUAUAACACAGAUGCUAAAUUAUUUUAAAAAACUCUAAUCUCUGAACUGACAGUUCAGUCUGUCCUCUAUGCAUGUGUUCAAAUGGCAAUAUGUAUAGUUAACUUCCAACUACAAGACUACAAAGGCAACAAUUGCACAUGAUUUUGUUCAAGUGAAUGUUUACACUCUCUCCAUCAACUCUCUCUCGUAGGAGUCCUGGCCUGGGUAACGGUGAACUUUUUGACAGGUAAGGCAUUUUUCAUGUUUUGCUAAGGUGGUCUUAAUGGUCAGGGGGUUCAUUUCUGAGGUUUACACUGUACACAGUUGCCGGGCAGUGAAAGACUCCUUUCUCUUGUCUGACUGUCUUGUAUUGAGUCAUGUUGGCCACAAUCUGGUCACGAUGGGAUGCAAAAUUCCCUCAAUUUUUACGCAGGGUUAGCCUAAUAAGAGGAGAUUUAUUUUCAAACCCAUCCAAUGGCCCAAACAAUAGCCUUCUUCUUCCUGUCGGUGGCCACAGACCUACAGUGCAUUCGGAAAGUAUUCAGACCCUUUUUCCACAUUUUGUUACUUUACAACCUAAUUCUAAAAUGGUUUAAAUACAUUUUAUUCCUCAUCAUUCUACACAAUACCCCACAAUGACAAAGCGAAAACAUAAGUAUUCAGACCCUUUGCUAUGAGACUCGAAAUUGAGCUCAGGUGCAUCCUGUUUCCAUUGAUCAUCCUUGAGAUGUUUCUACAACUUGAUUGGAGUCCACCUGUGGUAAAUUCAAUUAAUUGGACAUGAUUUGGAAAGGCACACACCUGUCUAUAUAAGAUCCCACAGUUGACAGUGAAUGUCAGAGCAAAAACCAAGCCAUGAGGUCAAAGGAAUUGUCUGUAGAGCUCUGAGACAGGAUUGUGUCGAGGCACAGAUCUGGGAAAGGGUACCAAAACAAUGUCUGCAGCAUUGAAGGUCCCCAAGAACACAGUGGCCUCAAUCAUUCUUAAAUGGAAGAAGUUUGGAACUACCAAGACUCUUCCUAGAGCUGGCCACCCGGCCAAACUGAGCAAUCGGGGGAGAAGGGCCUUGGUCAGGGAGGUGACCAAGAACCCGAUAGUCACUCUGACAGAGCUCCAGAGUUCCUCUGUGGAGAUGGGAGAACCUUCCAGAAGGACAACCAUCUCUGCAGCACUCCACCAAUCAGGCCUUUAUAGUAGAGUGGCCAGACGGAAGCCACUACUCAAUAAAAGGCACAUGACAGCCUGCUUGGAGUUUGCCAAAAGGCACCUAAAGGACUCUCAGACCAUGAGAAACAAGAUUCUUUGGUCUGAUAAAAAUAUUUGGCCUGAAAGCCAAGCGUCACAUCUGGAGAAAACCUGGCACCAUCCCUACGGUGAAGCAUGGUGGUGGCAGCAUCAUGCUGUGGGGAUGUGUUUCAGCAGCAGGAACUGGGAGACUAGUCAGGAUGGAGGGAAAGAUGAACGGAGCAAAGUACAGAGAGAUCCUUGAUGAAAACCUGCUCCAGAGCGCUCAGGACCUCAGACUGAGGUGAAAGUUCACCUUCCAACAGGACAACGACCCUAAGCACACAGCCAAGACAAUGCAGGACUGGGUUCGGGACAAGUCUCUGAAUGUCCUUGAGUGGCCCAGCCAGAGCCCGGACUUGAACCCGAUCGAACAUCUCUGGAGAGACCUGAAAAUAGCUGCGCAGCGACGCUCCCCAUCCAACCUGACACAGCUUGAGAGGAUCUGCAGAGAAGAAUGGGAGAAACUCCCCAAAUACAGGUGUGCCAAGCUUGUAGCGUCAUACCCAGGAAGACUCGAGGCUGUAAUCGCUGCCAAAGGUGCUUCAACAAAGUACUGAGUAAAGGGUCUGAAUACUUAUGUAAAUGUGAUAUUUCUGUUUUCUAUUUUGUAUACAUUUGCUAAAAUUUCUAAAAAUCUGUUUUUGCUUUGUCAUUAUGGGGUAUUGUGUGUAGAUUGAUGAAGAAAAAAACAAUUUAAUCAAUUUUAGAAUAAGGCUGUAAAGUAACAAAAUGUGGAAAAAGUCAAGUGGUCUGAAUACCUUCCGAAUGCCCUGUAUAUCUGCUAGAAUGCCAGUCUUUGUCUCAAGCGGGCGGUUGGAAAAUGAAUUAAUUCUAAAUGCAGUAUGUUCUACUUUCUGUUUAUAAUGUUGAUGAUGGAUAGCAUCCUGUCUAUAGUUUUCUAUUUCCAAUUCUGGAAAUGUUUGACUUUCCAUCUGUUUGCUUUAGGUCACUUGUAUGCCAAAACCAGGAAGACAGUGGGGAUCCUGGACUUGGGUGGAGGAUCUACCCAGAUCACUUUCCUUCCUAAAUCAAAGGUAAAUGUUCAACUGAACUCCACUGUUAGUGACGUUUUGCAAAGAUUUAGAUAACUAUUGCUAUUUAAUUACACAUUACUGAACACCUCUCUCUGUUCCCAUAGAAAACAGUUUUCACCGCCCCAGCCAGUUACAUUGCCAAUAUCAACAUGUUCAAUAACACUCUACAACUCUACACUCACAGGUGAGUAAUCAACCAUUGGUAAAGCAGUUACUUUAUAUGUCAUGGCAUACAAUGCAAAACCCUAUACUCACAUUACUUUGGCAUUGUCAUGAAUGUAUUCUGAAUUUCUGUCCUCAUUCAGCUACCUUGGAAAUGGACUCGUAGCGGCUCGAUUGGCAACUCUUGGGGCUUUGGGAGCUGAUGGUAAUUUGAAUUGUCUAAUUUACUUAGAUAUGCAAGAUUAACUGCUCAGUCAUUCAUCUGUACAUGAUGAAUAGAGUUGUAUAAUGCUGCAAGACACACUUAAGCUUUCUAUAAAUUAGACACACUAUUUACAUGUCAUCCUUGUGGGGGACAAUGGACAAUGCUAUAGCCAAUCUGGUUUACUCUUUCAGGUCUGGACUGGAAAGUUUUCACAAGCUCCUGUCUACCCAAGAAGUUCAGAGAGGACUGGACUUUUGGGGGAAUCACCUACAAAGUUAGCGGAAUUCCUGAUGGUAAGCGCAAAAUAAAACAUACCAUUUCGAUAACAUUUAAUUUUUUAUAAUCUUCUAAUCUAGAAAUCAAUUAUUCAGUCUCAGAUAGCUCAAUGUAAGAGUUUAGUUGAGUCUGAUUUGGGAAACAUUUUCCACUGGAGCCAACUGCACUGUGGUGCAAAAUGCAUGUUUUGUCAUUCUUUCUCUCUGCACUCAGACUUUCAACAGUUAUAAUACAGCAAACCUUGUAUUUAAAUAAGAGGAAAAUUGUCAGUUAACUCCGCAAAUAAUGCAACGCUCCCAUACCACAGUCAUGUAGCCAAGAGAUACUGGGUUAGUCCCAGAGAUGUUAUUUCUCUGUGUAACGAAAGGCUUAAUGUUGACCGCUCACAAUUAUGUGGUAAAAAUAGAUCACCCAACAGGCCUUUGCUAAGUGCUACUCUUGUCAGCACUUGGUUUCCCUGGUUGUAACCAACCAACCAAUCCCAGGGUGAUGUGAGUGUACUUUUAGGGCUUUUAGGGCUUUUCUAGUGGAGAGCCCAUUGCCUCAACCCCAUUUUGACCUCAUAAAGAGGCUCCAGGGUCUCCCAGUGCAUUCCACCACAAGCAUGCAGCAAACUCAGUUAUUUUACUCUCAUUUGAAAAUAAAUAUUUUAUUGUUGGUGCUGAUUUUUAAUUAUUCUUGUUAACAAUUUAAUUGGGGUUUUGUCGUCAUAAAGCUGACAUAAUGCUAUAAUAUAAAUAUGAUACCUACCUUGAAGAUUCAGUACAGCUUGUGAUAGAUACUAAUGAUACUAAUGGUGUGAUCUAUUUCUCUCUCCAGGUUAUGCAGGGUACAAGCUGUGUUACUAUGAGGUGAUGAGAGUGGUGAAAGGCAUCGUGCACCAGCCGUUCGAGAUAAAGGGCAGCAGCAUCUUCUAUGCCUUCUCCUACUACUUCGACAGAGCUGUGGAGUCAGGCCUCAUUGGUGAGUAGACACACAGAGAGCAGGACAGCUGCAAAAUCACCAUUCAGUAUGCAUCCAGUAAAACCUCACAAUGAUAUGAAAGGGUUUCAAUUAAAGAGUUGUUUAGUUGUUUUCUACUCAGAUACAUUUACUGCAUUUUUCAUGAUAUGCUUGGAAAACUGAAACGACAACUGUUGUAGCAGAUGACAAAAAGUAGGCUAAUCUUGUUUUUGUUUUCCAGAUGGCAGUCGGGGUGGUAUAGUAGAAGUCAGGGAUUUCAAGAAGAGAGCCAAAGAAGGUGAGAGUCCUAGGCUGUUCUCUUAGACACAUGUUGACUAUAUUGAUACAGUACACAGUGUACAAACAAGAAAUGUUGGCACUUAUUUUAGACUCCAACAAUCUCACAAGGCCUCACAAAAUAUCAGUUCCUUACCCCACAUAGUUAUCCUGCAAAAAUACACGCUGUUUGAACUCACACAAAUAUUCAACCUUGUUUGUGGCCAAACUUCUUCUUGGCACAGCUAACCUAACAUUGGCCAUUUCCAAUAUAACCAAGGACCAUCAGAUGUAAUGUCUGAUUCAUAACUGUUCUCGGAGCAUACAGAAACACAUUGAUAUUCUACAUACACAUGGACAUUUAGCUACUUAAGACAUUUACACAUAGUUGACAGUAAUCUGAUGCGAUGUGAAAAGUGCCCUGACACGUUAGAUUGACAUAUAGCUUUGGUUAAUUCAUUAGAGUAUGUGGCAAAAUAAAUGCCUGUGUUGUGCUAGAUUUACAGCUAGCAGGAGCGAGUUGGUGUGUUAUGUAAAGUCUGUUUGCAUUGUGAGAACACUUUCACAUGGUCUCGAUGAACACGUCUGGCAUUGGGCAGGUUGGCAGGCAGUUGACCUGGGCAGCUGUGAGCUCUGUCUCUUGUACCUGACAGCCACACAACACCCAACCCGACCCGGGGGCUGAGACUGAGAGAGACACGCUGUGUACAGCUAGUCUGUUUGGCUCGGCCUCCCACCCCCAGACUCACCAACAUGUGCAGACCCUUGACUCUUCUCACACCCUCUUGCUCAGUCAGCUAAACAAACUAAAUAAACAAAACAAGUUGACCAGCUUUCUAUUAUGUGGCACACAGGUUAGAGGUUGACUGCUGCUUGACCCCACUUUGAACAUGAUACAAGAUAUCUCUAAAUACGCCCACCCGUGCUCUCUGCUUUCUGUCAGUGAUAUGUGAGUUGUUGUUAAUGUAGUGCCUACUUGUCUUGUUUUGUUUAAGUGUGCAACAAGAUGACCAAGUACCGUCCCAUCAGCCCCUUCCUCUGCAUGGAUAUGACAUAUAUCACAUGCCUGUUGAAGGAGGGCUUUGGCUUCAAGGACAACACAGUGCUGCAGGUAAGAGUCAGGAACAGGUCACUGGGCACACAGGCAGGGGACAUGCACCAAGGCGUUAAUAGGAUGGUUUAUUUUUUAUGUUUAUUUUCCUUGUUCUGCUCCACAGCUCGCCAAGAAGGUGAACAAUGUUGAGACAAGUUGGGCCUUGGGAGCCACAUUCGAUCACUUCAACAACCUCAACAUCCACUAAGGGCAGCUAGCCUACCUGCACUGAGAGGGACAGCCUGUUACUGGGGGCAUCCCAACCCCCCCCCCCCCCCCCCCCCCCCCACCAGCCCCUCCCUCCUGCUCAGCAGCACUGCCAAGCUUCUCCAGCCAACCCCUCCCCUC